GAUCAUUCAGAUUAUUUAAUGCACUAACUGAAUGUUUUUAUGCGCAGAAGUCAUAGUGUGACUCCACAGUUUUGGGAGACCUGUGAGGAGUGUCAUGUACUCUGAUAAUCUUACAGAAAAAGCUCAAAUGUGUACCUUCUGGAAACUACUCUUUACCAAAGCUGAUGCUUGGCAACAGAAGAUGCCCUGCUGACCCUUUGCAGCUUGGCAGAAAAUGCUCCUUAGUGUGUGAGGCUAAGCCUGUACUCUGUAUUCCAGGGUACAGAUUGCUCAGGGCUGCUGGAACAGAGGCGUUUGUGGUGUGUGGAUGUGUUUCUGUUUUGUUUUUUACCUUCAGCAGACUGUCUUCUUUUCUGGUAUCCUCAGCACCAAGCAAACGCAGUGGUAAAAUAGAGGGCAGUUAAUCAAUGAGGUAAACAUGCUUUCCUGACUCAUCUACACUGUUUGCGUACCAGCAGGUGGAUGGAGCGUUGGUAGCAGAAGACAGAUUUCCAGAGGUGUUUGGAGUAGUUUGCAGAUAGAUACGGUGAUUGGUCUAACCAGCUUGCAUCAUGAAAUUAUAAAACUCCUAAAACAAUGGAGAGGGGAGAGCGAGACUGAGACUGCUACCGCUGCUACUGUACUCUUACUGUGAUUAACUCAGACCGUCCUGAAAUUGCAUCAGUAAUCUCUGUAGCACAUGUGGUUAUCUACUCCUGUUGUGCUGUACUGUCCAGUACUGUGUGCAUAGCCUUUUUUUUCAGAUGAGCACGUUGGUUGAUUCACCAAAAGCUGUGACAGACAACAGAGUCUUAGAAGCUUCUGUGCAUGUGUGGAACUGAGAAGCCCAGCACUGAUACCCUGUCAAUACUGACUGGGGAUCCGGGAAUCUGGCAUAUCUAUUUUAAACUUUUUCUGAAGGUCCCAGUCUGCAGGCAUUUUCAGAAGAUGCUGCAUAUACAUUGACCAAGUACUUCAAACAACCAAUCUUCUGGGCGUUCUUCCUGCUCUUCUGCCCUUCACCAAAUCCUAACUGAAAGCAGUGAGAAAUAAGGGGUCAAUUCCAUCUUCAUGUGUAAGCUUUGUAACUUAUUUUCACCAAAUCAAUCAGAAUUAUUGUCUCACGUCUCUGAGAAGCAUGCAGAAGAAGGGACUAAUGUGGAUGACAUCAUUAUUCCGCUCCAACCACUAACAGCACCCACAAAUAUAAACAAAAAUGGAGAAGAGCUUCUUGUAGUGAAGAGAAAAAGGGGCAGACCGAAAGGGUCUACUAAGAAGUUCUGUGUGGAUGAAGAAGUGACAGAGAAUAGUAAUUCUGUUCCAAGCGAUGAAGCUCAGCCGGGGUCAGAGGAAGGACCAGAACUGGCUGAAGUUUCACCAGGCAAUUUGGAAUGUAGGAAAUGCAGUCGGAAGUUCUCUAACGCACGUCAGCUGAGGAAACAUAUCUGCAUUAUUGUUUUAAAUGAAGGAGAGGAAGAAGGAGAUGGAGGUAAUGAUUCUGACGUUGACCUUGACAGGAAGGAAGACGAGCGAGAAAAACCUCCAAAGAGGCCCAGAGUUCAGAAAGCAGAGAAAACCCUUUCAACUAAGGAGGCUGAACAGGUUUCAGGAGCUAAAAAUCCUAUUAUAAGUGUGGUUUUGACAGCCCAUGAAGCUAUUCCAGGAGCCACAAAAAUUGUCCCAGUUGAGGCUACUCCCCAAGAAAGUGAACCCACCACUCCAGAGACAGCCGUUCAAGACCCAUCACAACGAAGAGGGUAUCAAGAAUAUGCCAUUCAGCAAACCCCAUAUGAACAGGCAAUGAAAUCAAGCAGGUUAGGUCCAACUCAGCUGAAGAUUUUUACGUGUGAAUACUGUAACAAGGUGUUCAAAUUUAAACACUCCCUCCAAGCACACUUGAGGAUUCAUACAAAUGAAAAGCCUUACAAGUGUUCAUACUGUAAUUAUGCCAGUGCAAUCAAAGCCAACCUUAAUGUUCACAUGCGGAAACAUACAGGGGAGAAGUUCAGCUGUGAUUAUUGUACCUUCACUUGCCUCAGCAAAGGCCAUCUCAAAGUCCACAUUGAAAGAGUUCACAAGAAAAUUAAGCAGCAUUGUCGCUUCUGCAAAAAAAAGUACUCGGAUGUUAAAAAUUUAAUCAAGCAUAUCAAGGAAACCCAUGAUCUUCAAGAUAAAAAAGUGAAAGAUGUUUUUGACGAACUUCGCCUGAUGACACGAGAGGGCAAAAGACAACUUCUUUAUGACUGCCAUAUUUGUGAACGGAAGUUCAAAAAUGAACUGGAUCGAGAUCGUCAUAUGCUUGUUCAUGGUGAUGAAAGGCCCUUUGCAUGUGAGCUCUGUGGUCAUGGAGCCACUAAAUACCAAGCUCUUGAGCUUCAUGUUCGAAAACACCCUUUUGUAUAUGUAUGUUCUGUCUGCCUGAAGAAAUUUGUCAGUUCUGUAAGACUCCGUGCUCACAUCAAAGAUGUGCACACGGAUUUGCCAGAGACUUCUGUUUUUAACAGCUCUAUCAAUCAGAGUUUCUGCCUGCUUGAGCCAGGAGGUGAUAUCCAGCCAGAAGCACUCGGUGAACAGCUAGCACAAAGUGCAGAUGAAUUAACUGCCGUGAGUGCUGAUGCUGUUAACAUGCCAAAGCCAUCUGCUUGUAAAGGUGAAUCAAAGGCUGCAGAGGUAAACUGUAAUGGUCAGCAUAAUGGUGACUUAAAAGUCAGUACAGUCUCUUCCUUAGAAUUUGAAAAUCCUCUGGUGGAGAAUGCAACAGAGCCACUGUGCCAGGCAUCAACAGAAAUAGCAACCCCAAACAUUCAGUCCUGUGUAGCGUCAGAUUGCUUUAUGAUGAAAAAUGGCACUACUGCUCCUGAUGAGUUAAAGGUUUCUCCUGGAAAUGAGGAAGUUGUUAAUCAUUGCAGUUCUGUAAAUAUCCAGGGUGAGGAAAUCCAGCUUCUGUUGCCAGAAGACAAAAGUUUAAAUCAAAAUCAGAACAACACAAUGACUGAGAACCUUUCUGAAGAGAAAGAUCAAUCUGUUGCUUCUAAUGAAUCAGAAGCAAGUAAAUCAUCUGAUCAAAAUUCAACAGAAGUCUCUAAUCCUUUGCCAGCAGCAGAUUCUAAUGCAGCCAGCAGUUCACAGGCAGAUUCUUCUAAUGCAGUUACAACUGAUAAUCGAAGUGGAGCUGUUGCCUUUAUGCAGAUCUUGGACAACUUACAGAAGAGACAAAUGAACACAGAGUUGUGUGAGAGGAUAAGGAAGGUUUAUGGAGACUUGGAAUGUGAAUAUUGUGGCAAGUUGUUUUGGUACCAAGUGCAUUAUGACAUGCAUGUGCGUACGCACACUCGAGAACAUUUGUAUUACUGCUCCCAGUGCAAUUACUCAUCAAUCACCAAAAACUGCCUUAAGCGUCACGUCAUUCAAAAACACAGUAAUAUUUUGCUGAAAUGUCCCACAGAACACUGUGACUACUCCACUCCAGAUAAAUAUAAACUCCAGGCACAUCUUAAAGUUCACACUGAGCUGGACAAAAAGAGUUAUUCCUGUCCUGUGUGUGAGAAGUCAUUUUCUGAAGAUCGACUUAUAAAAUCACACAACAAGACAAAUCACCCCGAGGUUUCAAUGAGUACCAUUUCUGAGAUUCUUGGCAGAAGAGUUCAGCUGAAAGGACUUAUUGGAAAACGAGCUGUGAAAUGUCCUUAUUGUGAUUUUUAUUUUAUGAAGAAUGGAUCAGAUCUUCAACGUCACAUUUGGGCUCAUGAAGGUGUUAAGCCCUUCAAAUGUUCUCUUUGUGAAUAUGCCACUCGCAGCAAGAGUAACUUGAAAGCCCAUAUGAAUCGUCACAGCACUGAGAAAACGCAUCUUUGUGAUAUGUGUGGGAAAAAGUUCAAAUCAAAAGGCACUUUGAAGAGUCAUAAACUCCUUCAUACUGCUGAUGGAAAACAAUUUAAAUGUACGGUGUGUGACUAUACAGCUGCCCAAAAACCACAGCUCCUACGUCAUAUGGAGCAGCAUGUCUCUUUCAAGCCUUUCCGUUGUGCGCAUUGCCAUUAUUCCUGCAAUAUAUCUGGUUCCCUGAAGAGGCAUUACAACAGAAAGCAUCCUAAUGAAGAGUAUGUAAAUGUAGGUUCUGGGGAACCUGCAGCAGAAGCACUUAUCCAACAAGGUGGCAUUAAGUGUCCUGUUUGCAGCUUUGUGUAUGGUACAAAAUGGGAGUUCAACAGACAUCUUAAGAACAAGCAUGGUCUGAAGCUAGUGGAACACGAUGGAGAGACAAAGUGGGAGUUAACUGCUGAAGUUUCUGAAGAAUCAUCCACUCAGUAUCUCCAUAUAACAGAGGCUGGAGAAGAUGUUCAGGGCACUCAAGCUGCAGUAGCUGCGUUACAGAACCUUAGAUAUACUUCUGAGAAUGGUGAAAGGCUUGACCCAACAGCUGUGAACAUCCUACAGCAAAUCAUUGAGUUGGGUGCAGAAACUCAGGAUGCCACUGCAGUUGCUUCUGUAGUUACCAUGGCACCUGGAACUGUGACAGUGGUAAAGCAGGUAAAAGAGGAGGAGCAAUCAGCCAAUCACACUUUGAUGAUUCAAGAGACUUUGCAGCAAGCCUCAGUGGAGCUAUCUGAACAGCAUCACCUGGUGGUCUCCUCAGAUGAAGUGGAGGGAAUUGAGACAGUGACUGUCUAUACGCAGGGAGGAGAGGCUUCGGAAUUUAUAGUUUAUGUACAGGAAGCUGUGCAGCCUGUGGAAGAACAAACUGUGGAACAGUCGGUCCAGGAGCUCUAGGGAACAGUAUGCAAAGGUGAUGGCUUGAUUUGUCAAAGCUAAAACUUUAUUUUCAUAACACAGCCAAAAGGAAACAUGCUGGCAAAGUUUCAAUUCAUUUGUGAAGCAAGGCCUUGUUACUGGAUAGUGAUCUGGCUGGUUGGCUUGUAUCAGCAGCUUGGACGUAUUAUAGACAAAACUUCCUCAGACUUCUUGGAGGGGAAAAACGUUCAUAUUUUGAGGAAAUAACAUUCUUCCUCUUCUAAGAAGACCUCUCAGCUGCUUCCUCUAAAUCCUGAAAAACGUGGUUGGUAACUUCAAAACCAUGUUAUCCUUACAGUAAUAAAACAGCUAUAAAGGUCAGCUAGAAUAUCUAGAGAAGUCAGUAUAUCCCAUGUUAUAAAUACUUGAUAUGUUCUUGACUUCAGUGGAAACAGGGUUUUUUUGUAAACUUAGCACGACUUCUUGUUUCUGAGUAUAUGCUCAGAAUGUGUUUGCAGAGUUGUGGACCUAACCCAAAUAUGUUAGGCUCAAGACUUUAAUUACAAAUAUACCACCGAUGGACUCUAGUUUGUACUUCUGAGUUGAUCCUUUGAUUUCAGAAGACUUUUAAAGCCAUAUAUAAUAAUUUUGGGUACGAGUAGGAUGAUUAUUAUUUAGAUGAUUGGAUAAUGCUAACGCUCUCUAUCCCGCUAAAUAAAUACCUGUCACUACCAUACAAUGAAACCAAAUCUAUUUGUCAACUUACUGAAAUAUUCUUUUGCUUUGGAGAGAAAAUUAUUAUUCAAAUGAUUUGUAAAUGCUAUAAAAUAUGUAUGUUAAUAUGUUUUAAAAAGACAAGUUUUUGUAAAUAUAUGACUGGAUGAAAGAACCUGUACAAAAAAACCUAAAUAUUGACAAGAGUUUAGAUAUUCUUAAUUAUGCAUGUAUAUAGUUCCAAGUUUUUCUUCAUGAGUCCUAAAUUGUUUCUGAUUUAAUAUUUUUAAAUUUGAGCUAUAAAGGUUAUUAAUUGAUAACAAAAUUGUCAUGUUUCCUUUUAAUGCACUAAUUUCUUAAGUGUCGACUUCCUUUUCACCGCUAAGUAAAGAAUGCUGCUUUGCAUUUUCAAUUUAACAAAUUAUUCCUUUAGUUAAUACUCUCUAGUCAAAGUAGCAGCACAGUGAAGUCAAGGAGGACCUUAUAUGACUUGAACUUAUUUAUGGGCAUUCUGAGUAGAAAAAUGGAACAAAGCUUUUCAAUAAGCAAACAUAAUAUUGUGAGCUGGUUAUCUACCUCUUGUAAAUCUACUGGGUUUUAUCAAUGUUAAAAUUGCAGAAGUGCAAAUAUGCAGUGUUUGUUUCUCUCUUAACUGUGGUGAUAAGGAAUUUACCUUUGUUAAUGGAAAAGAACUGAACAAAUAUUUUAAAAUCUAAGCAGAAUGAAAAUCAUUCCGCUUUGGUGUAGCUGUAUUUCCUCUGAUUUAAUCUGGCAAGUGCACAGAAAUCCUAGUGUCAUUAGGUUUAUAGAAAUGAAACCUUUUUGGCUUUUACUGUUACGGGCUGAAUGUGAUGACAGAUUGGAAUGUCGAUUUCUUACAUAUAUAGUAAAAUGGACUACAACUAGUUUGGUUGUAAUAAUGGUUUUAAUAACAAUUUUACAUGAUAGAAACUGAUGCACCAAAUGUACCAACUUGGUUAAUGUGCACAAGUAACUUGUUUUCUAAUUACUGAUAAAAUUCAGUGUUGAUUUGCAAAAAUAACUCUAUUAGCUAAAAGAGAUGAAAAAACAGUUGCAAAGAACUUUUUAAAAAAUUAUUUGAAAUAUUC